AUGGACCUUGAUACAAUUGCCCAAAACACAAUUGCUGUGGAUACGAAAACUCUGAGCGUUCAAACAAGAAGAGCUUCGGCCCAAGCCUCCGUCUCUCCAGAGGAAUCCUCCCCUUUAGCAGCUAAAUUAAAUUUAAUAUGGAAAACCAUUAAAGAACUCAAGGAUAAUAAAGGCAGGACUUAUUCAGAGCUCUUCAUAAAUUUACCGGAUAAAGAAUUAUAUCCUGAUUAUUAUGGAGUAAUCAAAAACCCAAUUUCCCUUAAUAUGAUGAAGCAAAGAAUUGUCGACGGAAAAUAUUUGACACAAGAAGAUUUUGAAAAAGAUCUGGAUUUGAUGUGUAGUAAUGCAAAGGUUUAUAAUAUUGAAGGUUCACAAGUACACAACGAUGCCAUAAUUAUACAAAAAUUUGCACGUAAAUUGUUGAGAGGAGAUAAGGAACAGGACAAGUCUGUUAAUGGUUCAACAAAUCUUGAAAAAAUUGAGCAUAAUGGAGAAAUUUAUCAUGUUGGCGAUUUUGUUCAUAUAUUUAAUGAAGUUGAUCCAAAUUUACCAAACAUUGCUCAUAUUCAGAAAAUCUGGGAAAAUAAAGAAGGUGAUAAAUGUUCUCAUGUAUGUUGGUAUUAUCGUCCUGAACAAACCAAACACCAGGCUACUCACAAAUUUUAUGAAAAUGAAGUAUUCAAAACAAGCGGAUUUCUCGAUAUUUCUUUCAAUGAUGUCGUCGAAAAGUGUUAUGUUUUGCAACAUAAGGAUUAUAUUGCAGGAAGACCAGAAGGUAGUGAUGGUACGUCUGUGUAUCUUUGUAAAUCUCGUUAUAGUGAACAACAAACGAAUUUCAUCAAAAUAAAAAAGUGGCCGGGGAAGAAAAUAAAUCUUGUUAGAUUUGACAAACCAUUGGUUCUAAAAAAAGUUGAGAGUUCAUUGGCGGCGAACUUUAGAAAGUCAAAGGAGAAAAAUAAAGAGUUAACCAAGGAGAAAAACAAGGAGAAACUUAGGGACAAACCUAAAGACAAACAGAAAGACAAACCUAGGGACAAAACUAAGGAAAAACAAAGGUUCAAAGCUAAAUCCGAAGAACUCAGAAAAGAAUUGCUAGCCAAAUACGAAUAUGAUGCAGAUUCUUCUCAUCCGGAAGAUCCCUUUUUUCCUUCGCAAACGGCUCGUGUUAGAAAUUCUAGAGUUGGACGACCUCCGAAAUCUCAAAGCACUGAUAAAAAUUUCGAGCCUGCAACCUAUCAAAAGUAUCCGACAAAUUAUGAUGAUUCUGAUAAUUUGACACCCUACACAUCCAGUGUUCCGCAGUCCCCAUAUUCAAUGACAUCGGGAUACCCAAUUACUUCCACUCCUGAUAAUGUGCAAAAUUCUGGGGUAGCUCAUCAAUAUGGAUUUGUAACUUCACCUCAAGAAACACCCAUGCCUUCUAUUCAUUCUAUACCUUCACAGUAUUUGGCUCAACCAUAUUAUCAAGUAGAUUCAGAGUCUAAUGUUCCCACAACUUCCAUAGCGCCUGCAACGUCUACGGUGCAGCAGCCAAUAGUCCCAUCUAUGUCGAAACCAAUACCUGAAUCUGGAGAAGUGUUGGAAAUACCUCCUGAGACUGCGGAAUAUUUUGCUCGUGAUCAUAUGGGCAACGUUUUGUGGUUUGCUUCUCCGCCAAUUGACGUAGUGCAAGUGCCAGAACCAAUGCAUUCAAUUGAAUACUUAUGUCGUCGAGGAGAAAUGCUGGAGCGUGAUCGAAAGCGGAAAUUACAAGAUGCUUUCGAUUAUGAAGAUUGUCCAAAUCCUCGAUAUGAGACAGCCCCACGAUUGAUAGAACUCGAAUUGCUGAAUAAUAUUGAAGAAUUGGGAAGUAAAUGGAAGAAUGAUGCAAUCAUACUCAAACGGCAAAUUGAUGAAAUCGAUGAGACAUUAUAUGGUGAUUCAUAA